UCCAGGAUGACCGGGGUCUUUGACAGCCUGGUCUCAGAUCUGCACGCCAACCAGAUUACCUCCAGCAGUUACCACCAGCACCACACUUUGCACAAGCCGCAGGAGUCGCCCACCCUGCCUGUGUCCACCGCCACCGACAGCAGCUACUACACCAACCAGCAGCAGCAGCAGCCGCACGGCAGCGCGGGCGGCGGCGGAGGGAGCGCGGGCGGCGGCUCGCCCUACGCGCAGAUGGGCUCCUACCAGUACCACCCCAGCGGCAUGGGCGCCGGGCCCUACUCCACCAAAGGCGGCAGCUACGACCUGGGAUACCCGGCUUCUUACAGCUCCUACGCGCCCUACGGGGCCAGGACCUCGCCGGUCAGCAACGAUCCUCCGGAGAAAGAAGAGGGCGAGCCGGAGAUCCGGAUCGUCAACGGAAAGCCAAAGAAAGUGCGGAAGCCCCGGACCAUCUACUCCAGUUUCCAGCUGGCAGCUUUGCAGAGGCGCUUCCAGAAGACCCAGUACCUGGCGCUGCCCGAGAGAGCCGAGCUGGCCGCCUCGCUGGGCCUCACUCAAACUCAGGUGAAGAUCUGGUUCCAAAACCGGCGCUCCAAGUUCAAGAAGAUGUGGAAGAGCGGCGAGAUCCCCGCGGACCAGGUCCCCGGCGCCGCCUCGCCGCCCUGCGCCUCGCCGCCGGCCUCGGCCACCCUGGCCUGGGACUUUGCUCCCCACCAGCAGCGGAUGAGCAACGGAAGCGGCGGCGGGAGCAGCGCGGGCUCCAGCCCCGGCGCUCCCGGCGGCGCCGCGGCGGCGGCGGCUUUCCUGGGUAACUACUCGUGGUACCACCAGGCAUCCAACGCCAACGCCGCUUCCCACUUGCCGGCCGCCUCCCCGAUCCUGCAGCAAGGGCAGUCUCACCCGCACCACCCCCACCUGCAUCACCACCCCCACCACCACCACAGCGCGGCCAUCACUGCAGGGACGAUUUUCUAG